AUGUCAUCUAGGGCCGCCCUUACGGAAUGUUUUGCUCCAACGAUCGAGAAGCCUCCGAACCAAUGGUUCUCCCGCAUCGAAACUUUAUCUCGGAACCUCGCGCGCGCUCUAGAUUCGAAACUUCCGCGCCGCAGUGAGGGGAGAUGCAGAUGGUUCGAGACAGGGGAGAGGUGCAGAAUGGUAAAUUGUGCCAUGGUUCGUCAAAACCCCAACAAGACUGGUGUCAACGGUGUGAACGGCGUCAACGGCGUCAACGGCGUCAACGGAACAGGAGUGAACGGAACAGGAGUGCACAAUGGAAGUUAUGCCAACGCCGCCUCGCCAAUGCCCAUCGCCAUCGUUGGUAUGGCUUGUCGGUUUAGUGGAGGUGUCACAAGCCCCUCCAAGUUGUGGGAACUUUGUGUUGACGGGAGAGAUGGCUGGUCGAAAAUACCAGAUACGCGCUUCGAUGUAGCGUCGUUGUAUCAUCCUGACCGUAACAGACCAGGUAGAAGUAAUAUCGAGGGUGGUUAUUUCCUGGACGAAGACAUCUCUGUUUUCGAUGCUGCAUUCUUUAAUCAGUCUACAGAGGCUGCCAGUGCUCUAGAUCCCCAAGUUAGACUCAUGCUCGAGAGUGUUUACGAAGCAACUGAAGAUGCCGGUAUCCCUCUUGAAAAGCUAGCGGGCUCCAACACGUCUGUAUACGCUGGAUGCUUCAACCGGGAUUACCACGAGAUGUUGAUGCAGGAUGCCGAGUCGUUCCCGCUUCUCGUAUUCACUGGAACCGGUGCUGCCAUGCACUCGAACCGAAUAUCCCACUUCUUCGAUUUGCAAGGGCCAAGCAUGUCCAUUGACACUGGUUGUUCAGCUGGAAUGGUUGCCCUGCACCAGGCAUGUCAAAGUAUCCGCUCGGGUGAGAGUGACAUAGCGAUUGCAUGUGCGGCGAAUGCGCUCCUCGUCCAGAAUGCAUUCAUCGCCGCCUCCGGUCUUGGUACUUGCAGUGCGGAAGGUCGGUGCUUUGCCUGGGAUGAUCGAGCUUCCGGGUAUGGCCGAGGUGAAGGGGUUUCUGCGCUCAUACUCAAACCCCUGGAUGCCGCGUUGCGUGACGGAGACCAUGUCCAUUCCAUCAUUAGAACCACAGGCCUCAAUCAGGAUGGAAAGACAACCACAAUUACUUCGCCAUCAGCGGAAGCGCAAAUUAGGUUGAUACGAGAGUGUUACAGACGCACAGGCUUUGAGCUCUCAGACACAGGAUAUGUCGAAGCCCACAUGACUGGAACUCCUGCUGGGGAUCCAAUCGAAGCUGAAGCUCUAGCAAAGACAUUUGGCAACAGCCGCGAAGAAGAUGAUCCUAUCUUCGUUGGCUCUAUUAAAACAAAUGUAGGACAUACCGAGCCCGUCAGCGGUCUAGCGGCCAUCAUCAAAGCCACUUUUGCUCUCAAGCACGCGGUCAUCCCGCCCAACCUCAACUAUGUCACAACAAACCCGGCCAUACCACUGGGCGACUGGCACCUCCAAGUACCUACUACCUUGACAGCAUGGCCGAAGAACAAGCCACUGCGCGCUUCAGUAAACAACUUUGGCUAUGGAGGAACCAAUGGGCACGCAAUUCUGGAAUCUCCAAACACAACACAUAACCAUGGCAUUGAAUCUCCUACCGCCCACAAAGUUAUCCGGAAAGAUGAUCAGAGUCGUCUUUUCGUCGUCAGUGCCAAGGACAUGACUGUUUGCAAGAACUCGAUGCAACGUCUGGCUGCUUGGCUUGGUGAUAACACACCAUCUCCGGAUGACCUCGCAUACACGCUCUCUGAACGACGAACAUUGCUCUCCUGCAGAACAGUCGUCCGGGCCAAAACUCUUGGCGAACUUGCUGAUAAAUUACGGGAGCCAUUGCGCAAGCCUGUGUUCGCACACAAACGGUUGCGGCUUGGCUUUGUCUUCAACGGCCAAGGUGCACAAUGGCACGCUAUGGGUCGAGAGCUGCUAUUUGGAUAUCCAAUAUUUGCGGAGGCGGUCAUAAGAGCUGAUAUCAUCCUUAAAGGAUUCGGCGCGAAUUGGUCCCUCACCAUCGAACUCAUGCGGAAAAAAGAGACGACACGCGUAGCCGAUAUCGAUCUCAGUCAACCUAUGACCGUUGCACUUCAGCUGUGUCUCGUCGACUUGUUGAAGUCUUGGAACAUCUCUCCUGAUGCGGUAACCAGCCACUCCAGUGGUGAGGUUGCAGCCGCUUACGCGAUUGGAGUACUGUCUUUCGAGGAAGCACUUGGAGUCGCCUACUUUCGUGGAGCGUUGGCCUUGAAAUAUCAAGCACAAGCCACGCUGCCCGGCGGGAUGCUUGCUGCUGGAAUCGAUGCUGAGACUGCCAACCGAUACAUCAAACUCUCAGCGCCCAAGGGGCGUGUUGUAGUGGCUUGCAUCAACAGUCCUGGUAGCGUCACACUUUCUGGAGAUUUAGAAGCCAUUGAUGACAUCACAGCACGACUCGAAAAGGACGGCUUCUUUGCUAGAAAGCUCAAGGUCCCUAUGGCUUACCAUUCUCAUCACACAUAUCCAAUGGCGCAAGAGUAUACCGAGCAACUCCAGGCCAUUCUGUCAACCCCCACCAAGAGAAGACAAUGCGACGUCUUGUAUGCUUCUCCAGUAACAGGCGACUUGAUUCUCCCAGCCGAUACCAUAAGUGCGGAACACUGGGUGCAGAACUUGACGAAUCCAGUCCUAUUCAGCCAAGCAUUUGACAAAAUGUGUUUCAAAUCGCCAGAAUCAGACUCUCGAACCACCAAUGUGGACUUGAUUGUAGAGAUAGGGGCACAUGGUACCCUAGCAGGCCCAAUACGGCAAAUUCUGAAGGCGCGAGGUGUGGAGAUGCCUUACAUCUCUUGUCUCCAACGAUCUGUGGACGCCAUCGAUACCAUGCAGGAUCUUGUUUGCAUGCUACAAAGCCACGGCUACCCAGUGGAUUUAGCUGCAGUCAACGAGCCGGAUAGACAGCAAAAUCUCAAAUUUGUGACGGAUUUGCCUUCAUAUCCUUGGGAUCACUCUAGGAAAUACUGGGUCGAGUCAAGGUUCAGCAAAGAACAGAGAUACAAGAAAUUUUCGCCCCACGAGCUGCUCGGCACAUCGUUGAGCGGAUCCAACCACCGGACUCCUACUUGGCGCAAUUUCCUCCGCCUCUCAGAUGUCGAGUGGCUGUGCGAUCACCAAGUUGACUCUAACGUUGUAUUUCCGGGCGCUGGCUAUAUCGCAAUGGCCCUCGAGGCCAUCCGGUUACUCACUGAUCCUUCGGAAGAGACAAUCCUCAGUUAUCAGCUCCGCGAUAUCGACAUCCUGAACGCCUUGGUUAUUCCUGAAGCACAAGCAGGUGUUGAAGUUCAAAUGUGUCUCCGUCCUUGCAGCGAGAAGAAGUUUGGCCGCAAAGGCUGGUAUGAGUUUGAGCUCUGCUCUUUGUCUUCCGGAGACAUGUGGAUUGAUCAUUGCCGAGGCUAUGUUACAGCUGAGACUGACGAGAAGCUCGAGCUUCUACGAGCGGCAGAAGCACCUUCGAUCGAUACAGAGUCAUUCUUCACGUCAAAGGAUAAGGUCGAAGCUGUCAAUCUCGACUCAUUCUUUGCUGACCUGCGUGCAAGUGGGAUUGAUCAUGGUCCCCAGUUCCGGAACUUGAUCGACAGUCGCUCGGAAGGAGCGCGGGCUCUGACCAACUUUGAGAUAGCUGAUUUCGUCUGCAGCGAACACAACUAUGCGUUGCACCCAACAACCCUCGACUCGAUCAUCCAAGCUACUUUCAGCACGCUGAACAAGAAGAUGGGUCAAGACUCCAUGACCUUACCUAGAUUCAUUGGCUCGAUGUCCAUCCCCAAGAAUUUCAGCAGAGAGGGCGGAACUAAGUUACAGGCCUUUACAGAGCUGCUCAAGUCAGAGAAACGAGGCCACACCUCUGACAUUACUGUUGUUGCUACCGACUCAGAUCAUUCCUCGCCUGUUCAGAUCCGAGACUUCUUUGCUCAGGCAGUAUCUCGACAGGUUGAUGCUACAGCUACGGAUACAACACUAUGUUCCAAGACCUGUUGGGAACUUGACAUACUACACAGCCUUCCGGACGGCUUGAAAAGCUCACUCGCCGAACCAAUAAAACCUCAGGAUGCAGAGCUAGAACGAACACUUGUUCGGACGUGUUACUAUCUCAUUCAUGACGCCGUUUCUGAACUGGCCAACCAGGAUACAGAAUCGUGGUCGUGGUAUCACAAGCGAUUUCACAGCUGGAUGAAGAGCGUCAUUGAUCUUGGCGAGCGAGGUGAACUUGCGCCAGGCAGCCGAUCUUGGUCACCCGUUAAUGCGGUGGUAAAGGAUAUGCUCUUCAAUGAAAUGGACGCCUCCGGUGCCUUUGGCCAACUUACUGUUCGAGUUGGUAAGAGGAUAGCAAGCAUGGUACGCGGCGAGACGAUGCCACUUGAGGUCAUGAAACAAGACAACCUUCUGGACCGGUUCUACGAAGAACAGGCCGCUUGGGGAAGAGCCUAUUCCCACGUCAAGAAACUGGCUGAGCUCUACGCUCUGAAGACGCCGGGAGCCAAAAUCUUGGAGAUUGGAGCCGGUACCGGUGGCGCUACGACACACGUAUUGGAAGCAUUUGGCACGAGAGGUGACGGAACAGGAUCUCUGAUCGGCAACUACACGUUUACGGAUAUCUCCCCAGGGUUCUUCGAGGCAGCGAAGACCAAGUUUGCGCCGUGGUCAAGCGUGAUGGACUUCAAAAAGCUAGACAUCGAGACAGACCCCUUGGAACAAGGAUUCACAGCAGGCAGCUACGAUCUCAUACUGGCAUCUGAGUGUCUGCAUGCGACAAAAGAUCUCCGCCAUACUAUGGCGCACGUUCGAAAAUUACUGAAGCCGGGUGGCACACUGCUACUUGUUGAGGCAACUACAAACCGACUCGCAUCGCAGCUCAUCUUUGGCACACUUUCACAGUGGUGGGUUGGUGAGGAGCCAGAGCGCCAGAUCAGCCCUAUCGGAACACUCGACAUGUGGAACCGUGUACUCCUGGCGACAGACUUCACUGGCGUCGAUUUUGAGGUCUCCGAUUACGAGGAUCUUGAAUUCCAGUCGAAACGGGUCAUGUUGAGCAGGGCUACGAGAUCCCUUUCGGCACCUGUCUGUAUCGUUGUACGCGAAUCAAUGUCCAUCUCUGAGCAAUGGUUAUCUGAACUAGUCGAGACGAUUGAGAAGAAGACCGGUGUCCCACCCACGGUAACCAAUCUUGACGACACCGAAGCCUUGCAAGAUUCGCUCUGUCUUUUCCUUGGUGAGAUGGAGUCACCGUUCGUAGACGGCAUCGACGCGACCGACUUUGAGAAAUUGAAGCGAAUGAUCUUCGCUUGCUCUGGGCUUCUCUGGAUCAGCUGCGGCGGUGCUGUGGCCGCCACCAACCCCUCUUUCGCCGCGACCGACGGUCUACUGCGAAUCAUGCGGCUGGAAGACUCUAGCAAGAGAUGGAUUCGGCUUGACUUUGACGAAGGUGCGUCUGUCUGGACAAAUGACAAGAUUCGCCACAUCGUGCAUGUGUUGGAACAGUCCUUUGAUCCGAAUGUCGCCAUUUCUGACUUCGACUGGGAAUAUUCCGUAAGGAACGACAUGCUUCACGUGCCUAGAGUGUUCCCGGAUUGGCCUCGAGAUAUGAUCGCAAAGGGUCGUGAAGCUGAAGGCGAGGGUUUGCCAACACUCUCACUCGAUGACCAUGAUGCAACGUAUCUGAUUGCUGGUGGUCUAACCGGCAUUGGACGCGCCAUUGCAUUAUGGAUGAUCGAACACAACGCCAGGAAUCUGAUUCUCGUCUCUCGCAAUGCAACAUCUCACCCCGGAGCGGCUGAGGUUCGUGAGAUCGCUGAAAAAGCUGGUUGCCGUUUGAUGGUCUGUGAUUGCGAUGUUGCAAACAAGGACAGUUUCCUAAGGCUUCUGGACGACUGUUCGACAAUAUUGCCUCCCAUCCGCGGAGCUAUAAACGGAGUGAUGGUGCUAGCCGAUGCUCUCCUGGGACGCAUGACUUAUGAACAGUGGUCCAAUGCCGUGCGACCCAAGAUUGACAGCAGCCGAAACAUGCAUGCGUAUCUACCAGAUCUUUCGUUCUUCAUCAUGCUGUCAUCAAUAACAGGCGUCAUUGGAUUCCCCACGCAAGCCAACUACGCCGCUGGCAACACCUUCCAGGACGCCUUGGCGCGUCACCGCACCGCACAAGGUCUGCCCGCUGUUUCCAUAAACUUGCCUGUUGUGGGAUCAGUCGGAGUUGUCGCGGAGAGAGAAGCCAAGGGCGAUGAUCGAGUCCGUGCAUACACAGAGGGCUUUGGAAUUGACUCCAUCGACAUCGAUGGUGUGUUGAGGAUCAUCGGGGGUAUUAUCCGCAAGCCUCUGCUAAAGUCACCCCAAGACAGCCAGAUCAUGGUGGGCCUCAACUCCCGUGUCUUCCAGUUGGACUCAAACAUAUCUAGAGAUCGCCGCUUCGGAACACUGCGCAUUGAGAGUCCACUACAACAACAUGUCGAAAUGAACAAGCCGACUAAGACCUCUGCAACAGCUGCGCUAGUCCAAGCUCUUUCCAGCACUUCGACGAUACCCGAAGCUGUGUCCGUCCUAGAACAGGCCAUGGCAGCCAAGAUGGCCGAUAUAUUCAACAUUUCCUUGGCAGAGGUUCAGUUCGACCUGCCACUGUCGCAGUACGGUGUUGAUUCGCUAGUUGCUGUGGAAUUGCGCAACUGGCUAAGCAGCAGUUUCAAAGCUAAGAUAUCUGUGUUUGAGAUUCUUCAGAGUGCGUCGUUGACUCAGUGUGCGGUGUUGGUCGCGGGCAGGAGCGAGUAUGUAGCUUCGAAGCAGGUGCAGGUGCCGGUACAGGAAGAGGCACCGUAAAUGGGAUUGAAAAUAAUGGCAGGGCGUUACAGG